CAAUAGCCCAAAUUACAGUAAAAAGUUUCAGAUCGUCAGACUGGUGCUGGUGGCAAUUAGAGCAAAUGAAUGGGGCACCAUAAUGUCAUUGAUGAAUUACCUGCCGGAGCGGAGCAGCCUUUACUGAGAGAACGUCAAAACAGCAAUGCGAUGAUCACAAGGAUUAUUUUGGAUCCGUGGUGGGAGCACUGAAGAUAAUACAAAGGAUCAGACCGCUGACAUAGGUUACAUAUGGUACAAGGUGUGUACUUGGAAUGUGUGCAGGAUGAGCAGCACAUUUGUCACAUUAGCUGAAGUACUGGAGGCACGAGGGGGACCUCUGCUGGAGGAGGAGGUCUGGUCCCUGCUGCUGGCCACUGCAGAGUCUUUAGUGGAUGUCUCUUAUAAGGGUCAGAACAAUAUGUAUACUAUUAUAAGCCCCACCUCCUUGCUGCUGUCAGCCACUGGUACAUUAGCAUUUAAGAAUUGUGGCCUAUCAGAUGAAGUAUCCACCUUCACCGCUCCAGAGAUGCUGCAGGGCCGUGCCAGCUCAACCAAACCUGCCAUAGAGAGGAUGCAGGUGUAUUCACUGGGUAUGACUCUCUACUGGUCGGUUGAUUUUCACCUACCUCAAAAUCAGCCAGUCCAGUUGAGUGACCAUCUAAACAGCCUCCUGCUCAGCAUGUGUGAGGACCUGGCCCACCGAAGGGUGAAUCUUAUCUCCAUCCUGGAGGGCUGCGAAUUUCAGCAUAAAGCCACCAUCUUGCCGCCACCCGCCCAAGUCAUCAGACAGUUGGUUGAGGAGGUUUUUCACGAAUCAGGGGACCAAGGCUCUCUGCCAGACAGUCAUGUCCCUUUGAGUGGCAGGAGUCAGAUGAUCAGAGAGAGACUUCAUGGAAAGAGAGGGCCACUUUCAGACUUCAGCGAAGGCAGUGGUGAAGGGAGAAGAUACUCAACGGACUCUGACUCAAAGUCAGGGAGUUUACCUCAGAGACCUUGGAGACAAAGACCAAGGAGUUCUCCCACACCGUUGUACCAAUCUUCUUUAGACCGACUCCCUCGUGGGGUCCGUCACAGGGACAGCAACUGCAGUUGGCUUGGUAGGAGCCCCCAACACGACAUCUCUCCCAAGACAUCGGGCAGAUCUCACAGUCCUUCCAUCACCUUUAGCGAGUCCUCGCUCAGUCUGAGCCAGAGGAAAGCUAAGGCUUUGGGUCCUGAGUUUGUCAGAAUGCAAGACGAACAACACAUUGUUCUUGAGCUUCCAGGAUCUAUUGUGUCCAGAAAGGGUCGUUCGUGUUCGUCUCAGAGAGAAGUGACAGUAGUGCUGCCUAACGGACAGUACGUGGUGGUUCGCUGUGACACUAAGUCCAAAGCAAGAGAUGUGUUUGACAUGGUGGUGGCUCACGCAAACUUGGUGGAACACUUCUACUUUGGUCUUGCCUUUAUAGAUGAUGAUGAAUAUUUCUUCUUGGACCAUGAAACAAAAAUCUCCAAAAUUGCGCCCGAUAGUUGGAAAAAAGGGCAGAUUUUCUCCUUUUUGGUGUUUCUUCGAAUCAAAUUUUUUGUUGAUGAUAUGUCCUUCAUUUUGCACAGACUGACUCGUCACCAGUACUAUUUACAGCUGCGUAAGGAUCUCUUGGAGGACAGGCUUUACUGUAACGAGGAGACAGGCUUGUUUCUGGCUGCUCUUGCUCUGCAGGCUGAGUUUGGGGAUUACAUGCCAGAGCUGUAUGGUAAGAAUUACUAUCAGCCAGAGCAUUAUGUGUCCAAGCGGAUGCUGGAGAAGCUGGCCCUGCCCAAUGUCAAGGAAGAGUUGCCAAGACUACAUGCUAGUCAUGCCCAGCUUCUGCCCGAAGAGGCAGAAACAGAGUACUUAAAGAUUGUCCAGCAGUUGCCGGAGUAUGGGCUUAUGUUCCACCGUGUGGGGAGAGAGAAAAGAACAGUGGUGGGAGAGUUGGUUUUGGGAGUCUGUGCCAAAGGAAUCAUUGUGUACGAGAUAAAGAACCACCUCCGGACUGUCAUCAGGCGCUUCCUCUGGAGGGAAACCGACACCAUAUCCACUGGGCGUCGUAAACUCAUUAUAGAGUGUGGUGGGCCCAGCGGGAAAAAGCACAGUUUUAUAACAGAAACCUCAAAAAUAGCACAGUACCUUCUGAACCUCUGCUCAGCACAGCACAAGUUCCAUAGCGAGAUGUCGUCCCGUCAACUUAACCACACCAUAAUACCAGAUGAAAACAUGGAGAACCUGUCUGUCUACCGGUGUCGUAACUUGGACCUAAAGCAGAUGUCCUGCUCAGAGGGCAUGCUGCACCACAUAGGUUUGACAUCUGGUCAACCAGACUCUCUCUCCAAGUCCUGUGACAACCUGACUGCCAAGCUGGAGGCGAGGCUGCGCCAGCAGAGGGAGAUGAGGAGGGAGAUGAGCAGAGAGCUGAACAAGGAGCUCUCUGAAACAGGAGACCUCAGAGACAUGAAAGAGCGACAGUGUUGGAGCACUCCAGAGUCGAUUCCCAGAAUGAUGUCCAGUGUCUCGCUACAGAAGCAGGACUCUGAAGCCUUUUCCUCUAUACGAGUUGAUACACCAACCAGGACCCCACCAGAGAGAGAGAUAGUCUGUGUGUCCCUGAAGAAAGAUCCCAAACUGGGCUUUGGCUUUGUGAUAGUGGGCGAGGACAAUACAGGUAAACUUGACCUUGGGAUCUUCAUUGCUUCCAUUGUGCCGGACGGGCCCGCAGACAAAGAUGGACGAAUCAAACCUGGUGGACGUCUUAUCUCCCUAAACAAGACUAGUUUGGAAGGAGUGACAUUUAAUGACGCUGCUGCCAUCUUACAGAGCAGCCCUGAAGAGGUGGAGCUUAUUGUGUCCCAACCUAAAUACCAUCUGAAGGACAGUAAGAGUUCCUUAAGUCAAAGUACUCUCGGUUUGGCAUUGGAGAGAAGCUUUGGGUCACAGACCACACUGAGUGGCACAGAGUACCGUCCUGUCGUGGAGGAACUGGAGGAUGCCAUCAGUCUGUCCAACAUGGCAACCCCAAAACAGAGCAGGAGGCUUCACAUUCCUGUUGUGCGAAUCCAUGAUGCCCAGGAUUUGUCUUCAAGAUCCAACUCAAUCUUCAGUUUGAAAACUGGGGAGCAGUUCAUGGUGGAGCUGAAGAAAAACAGUGGUAGUCUUGGCAUCAGUGUUGCUGGAGGACAAAACACCAAUGUGCGAUAUGGAGGUAUCUACAUCAAAAGUCUAGUGCUUGGAGGUGCUGCAGAGCAGGACGGGCGCAUUCAGAUUGGUGACAGACUGCUGGAGGUUGAUGGGUCCAAUAUGAGGGGCCUGACUCACCACCAAGCUGUUGAGUGCCUGAAGAGGACUGGGGAGGUGGUGAACCUGCUGUUGGAAAGGGAACCCACAGUGAUCUUGGAGCCCAGACUCGACUCACCCUGCCCCCCUUUGGCCUACAGUUCAUCACAUACACAGCACCUAAGGACUGAAGUCUCCAUGGAAACAACCUUGAGUGGUCAAGCCAAGGACUACAGCUUUGUGACUGAUGAAAACACACAUGAAGUGGUGCUGAAGAAGAGUUUGUCUGGCCUCGGCUUCAGCUUUAACAUUUCGCAGCUGCACUCAGGUCCAGACAGUGGCAGCGUGGUUCGUAUCAAACGUCUGUUCCCGGGUCAACCAGCGCUAGAGAGUGGCCUGCUGCGAGAGGGAGACAUCAUUCUGUCUGUCAACAAAGAGCCUGUCAAGGACCUCUCUUACCAGAGGGUUUUGUUCCUGCUACGUGGAGCUCCAUCUGAAGUUCAUCUGCUGAUCUGCCGACCAGGUCCUACAGUACUGUAUGAUGCAGACGAUAACACACUGAGUCCUGCAUUCUACCGUGAGGUUCGAUCUCAGUCUCUAGACAUUCGACUAGGAGAGGACUACAGCCAGCUCCUUAAGUUUCAAAAUGAUCUCCCAUUAUCUACCCCAAAACAGUCACCAACCCAUGAGGAAGAUCUAAAAAACACAGUAGAGAAGAGCUCAGAUCCUCAUGCAACUCCAGCAUUCCCAGACACCCAGGAGAGUCUGGAUGGGGAGAAUCUCCCAUCUCCUCCUCGCUCACCCCCGUCACCCACCUCACCUAUAUCACCUCCGUCACCAGUCUCGCCACCCUCACCUGCCUCCCCAGCAUCACCUGCCUCACCUGCCUGCGGCUCUCCCCUGGCUCCACCAGAGUCACAACCAGCCACUGAUAAGCUAGAGGAACAACAGGAAGUAGAUAGGAAGAAGAACAAGGACGGGAAAGAGAAAGAGGAAGAAGAUGUUGCAACAACUACAAGCUCAACUGUGAUGCUUAUGGAUGACUGUCCUAAGAGUGCUUCAAACUACGUAUAUACCAGUGGAGUCAGAGAGGAGGCAGAUGGAAGUGUGACCUACUGCCUGAUGGGAAAUGGUCUGACUAUCACGGCAGAUGAAGAGUACCUGACCAUCAGCUCCACACUGGAGCCUCUUCGCAGCCAUCAUUCCAGUCUGGCCACGCACACUCAAACAACCAACCUUACAGGCCUUCACUCUCAAAACUCCAACAGCUCCUCUAGUUUUAGCUCUCAGAAUCCAAGCCUUGGCCCUCACAUCCCCACCACUACCACCACCUUGCCCCUCAGCCACUCGUCUGACACCCCGACCACUUGCUCCCUGGCCCACCCAUCCCAGCCACUCACAACCCAGCCACCAAAAUCCAAGCAUCAUCCAAUCCAGCAGGGGCUUCUUCCAAGUCACUACAAAGCCAUCUCCAAGAACAGUAAGCCUAUCGUGCCCCCACCGCAACCUCCUGAUCCCCCCUUGACCCCCAUUACAGCUCAGGUUGUCCCUUCUGUGCCUCCCUGUGCCAGUCCACCUGCCCUGACGCUGCCCCCCACAAUACUGCCCCCUCCUGCUCAGAGCCAUACACAGCUGAGAGAAGAAGCAGAGAAGAAAGAAAGGGAAUACAAGUAUGAUGAUUAUGAAGAAAAUGAGGAGGAGGAGGAGGAGAGUCGGAGGAAGGGAUUGGUUAAAGAGUUUGAGCUGACAGUGGUUCUGACCAAGUCCAGGAGUGGAAGCUUUGGGUUCACCAUCACUCGAAGCAAACUGGAUAACUGCUACUAUAUACAGGAAAUACUGGACAACCCAGCCAAGGCAGAUGGACGACUCAGGGCAGGAGACAGGCUUGUCACAGUAAAUGGACAUGAUGUUACCAAUGUGGGAGAUGAUGUUGCCAUGACAAUUCUUAGAUCAUCUCCGAGAAGACUGAGUAUGACCCUAGGGAGGGCUGUUUCCAACCUGGUGGCCCCUCCAUCCUGUGACAGCCUGCCUGAUAUAGUGCUUUACAAGACACCUUCUGGACAGCUGGGUAUAAAGCUGACAGGAGGCAUUGGCAGCAAAUGGCAAGGCAUCUACUGUCUGCAGGUGGUGCCAGGCUCACCAGCCAGUGAGGAGGGCACUGUCCAACCCAGUGACAAGAUCCUCUAUAUCUGUGGCAGGUGUACUCUGGGAAUGACCCUGGAGGAUGCAGUCAAAGCCUGUGAGAAUGCCCCUCGUAAAGUCAAGCUUAAAAUCCUCAGAGAAGACCAGCCAGUGAACCCCAAAGCUAAGUGGAAUGGUCUUUUUGACUGGAAAAAAGAAAAGAAGUUCUUUGCUCGUUUUGAAGAGCCUGUUUCUCCAGAGAAAGACUCUCCUACUGAAGAUGAUGAAGCCUUGUAUAGGACUCCUGGAAAUUUCAGAUGUCACUCUCUCACACAAGAACAGGAUAAUUGCAUCAUGCAAGUAGAGUUUACAAAACCAGAAGGAGGAGGCCUUGGCUUUGCUUUGGUUGGGGGAACCAACGGCAGCAUGCUCAGAGUGAAGGAAAUCUGCUCUGGUGGAGUAGCUGAGCAGGAUGGCCGGCUGAGAGUGGGAGAUAUUCUAUUAGAGGUGAACGGUGUGAUUGUGUCCGGGCUGAGCCACAGUAAGGUGGUGGAUAUCCUGCGUAGAGCUGAAGGCACUGUACAGCUCACCAUCUGCAGAGACAUCCUGCCCCUGACCUACUCCGAGUCACCUAUAACGCCCAACUUGUCUGCUCACACUGAAGCUAUUUUAGCCGAGCAGCCGGCUCCUGUGUCCAGCCCUGAUACCUGUUCCUCUCCUGACGUCAUGUUGAAAAGGCCAGUUGAGCGCCCCCCUGUGACUUCAGACCCUCUGGUCAAUGAAGCUGGAGUGUUUGUUACUUCUCCACCUCCUCCACCACGCCGGCUGACUGUCGUAACAGAUGAUACUGAAAUUAUACAGGAGAGCUGUAACAGCACCCCUUCUCAUCAAGCUUGCUGCCCAUCCCUCAAUGUCACUGACAUGUUGCAUGGAGCUUCCGAAAGGAAACAAAUUGUGACCAAACUUUUGGACCGGUCCUGCAAAGACAUCCGGAAAACCCAGUCAGACGGCUGGAGCAGCGAAGAAGAAGAUGAUGAUGUGUUUGAUUCCACCGGUCGGGAAAUUACCUCAGCACAAACAGGCCCACCCAUAGUAUCAGAGGAGGAACUGGCCAGGUUAGCUCUCAUUAGCCCCGCUACGACCAGCCAGUAUUCAGGCUCCAGGGUCAAAGCUCUCAUCCAGAUUCUGCAGCAUCAGCUGGACCAGCAGGAACUGGUCAAAGAGUUCAUGGCCCUGGAACAUCUGAAGCCCUCUGACAACUGUCUGGUGGGAAAAGCCCCUGAGAACAGAGAUAAGAACCGCUACAGAGACAUCCUACCCUAUGAUGAAACCCGUGUUGCCAUUGGAGACAACCAGGACUACAUUAACGCAAGCUACAUUCGCAUGCAAGUUGGCAAUGAAGAGUUCUUCUACAUUUCUUGUCAGGGCCCUCUGCCUUCCACAGUGCCGGCCUUCUGGCAGAUGAUCUGGGAAAACAAAUCUGAUGUCAUUGCCAUGAUGACCCAGGAAGUAGAACGGGGAAGGAUCAAAUGUCACAAGUACUGGCCAGAGAAGCUGGGUGUGCCUCUGGACUCCGGCAGGUACCAGCUUCACCUGGAGAACCAUCAGUACCUGGAGUACUUCCAAAUCAAGGGCAUCCGCAUGGUGGAGACAGAGACCGGUGAGACACAUUUUGUCCGUCACCUGAAGUUCACACACUGGCCUGACCACGGAGUGCCAAAAAGCUCCGAGCAGCUGGUUCGCUUCAUCCGCUACCUGAGGGCAGUGCACCAUAUGGGACCAGUCACUGUGCACUGCAGCGCUGGCAUCGGACGCACAGGAGUCCUCAUUUGCACUGACGUUCUCCUCUGCCUCAUUCAGAACGAUUUGCCUAUUAACGUAAGCAAAAUCGUAAAGGAGAUGAGAUGUCAGCGGCAUGGGAUGAUUCAAACUAAGGAACAGUACUUCUUCUGCUACAAAGUCUGGUUGGAGGUUUUACAGGGCAUUUUACAGCUUCACGGCAACCAAUGGCAACCGGAAAGUCCCCGAGACCACAAAGUAGUUUGAAUGUUUCCACCUCCAGUUCACCGACCUGUAAAGCACAGACUGUGUAUGAGUAACCGUGUGCAGUCUAUCAUAAUACUGGUUAUACCUUUUUAUUCGGCUGUAGUUAUUUUAGUUAGCUAUAAUAGGAAACCUGAACUUUUCUGUUUUGAUACUUUGUGUUGAGGAGGACUAUUGUUUAGUUACAACUGACUUUCACUUUAAUGUUUUUGUUCUUGUAUGUGCUCUCGGUGCUGUGAUUAUGUCAAUAUAAUUUAGAUCACUGAGGUUGUUAUGCCUUUUCAGGCUUAGUGAUUUGCCUUCUGUCUUUAACAUUUUUUUUUUUUUUUAAAUAUGUGUUUCACUAUUUGAAUGUAUCUCAUUUAUUUUCUCCAUGUCCUUUAAUUUGCAAAUUGCAUUCAUUUGCAAAAGUCACAUUGCAUGGAAUUUAGAAUCUGGUAAUCUUUUAUCUGGCAGUAAUGUUUCUAACGUCAUUAGCAAAGUGCACAAGUGAACAUAAGAUCAUCAUACCAACGGGAGUAUCUGUUUGUAACCUUGAUGAGUAGCAUUUCAUUAGGCAUUGUGUCAUCAUUUCAUUAAGUGCAUUUGUACCCUGGAGAAAAGAGCAUUAGCAAAAGAACCCUAUUGAUUUUUCAGUUCAUCAUCUCUGGAAAUGAAAAGAAUCAAGUGCCUUGGAAUGACUCACACCGCUUGCUCCACAUUGAACCCGAGCCACUUGUCACAAGCGGUCGGGAACAGAGAGCAUGAAACUGAUUUGAGAGCACCCGGUGGUGGUUACUGUAGAUUGAAUGUGUAGCUUUCAGUCUGUUUGUGGUCUGAGGUGAAUGUUUGAUAGAUCCAAACCAGAAGAGGAUUACAUCUCACCUUUUAGUUCAAAUGUAACUUAGAAACAAUGUGAACUUUGCACACCGCCUGUCAAUUGUUUUGUUUGUGGGCCGAAUUUAUAACAAUGAAAGUCUUACUACACAUAAUCACAACUUGCACAUCCUGAUACAGAUAAAGAAUGAUUCAACAUAACAAAUGUUUGGAUGAAUUCAUACAUUUUCAAUUCACUGUUUUACUUAAAUUUGAUCGAGGUGAACACUAAAUAUUCAGAUUUUUUUGUAGAAUGUACAAAACUGAUUGAAAUUGAAAUAGCUAGUUGCUGGGCAUUAAGGUGUUAUUUGUUAUGUAACAUCCUUUAUCUGUAUUCCAUAGCUAUUUUAAUACAAACUCAGCCAAAAAUGCAAAAAAUGUAAGGUUUACAAACUUUCCAUUUUGCCACUUUAGCUGUAUAUGAUGUGUACAUAGCAACAAAGCUGCAUCUCCAAGUCACAGAUCAAAGAUGAUUUAUAGCUGCUAGUUUGAACCUCAAACUUUGGAUGUAACUGCUGUUUGUAACUUCUUUCAGCUGCUAUCUCACACACACACACACACACACAUACACACACACACACACACACACACACACACACACACACACACCAGCUCUCUUAAUGCAUGCAGACUCUUUAAGUACAGACGUCUGAGCCUGGUGUUUGGCUGAAUGAAUUGAACAUGAUCAAAAUGUGGACUGUAACAAAGCAAUACUCUCCAGGAGGAGGGGUGAUCAGAAUGUCAACUUCUUACCUGAUAACAUCUUUCAAACAGUUUGGAGCAUGUUGGUAAGACACAUGCAUUACUCUACCUUUGCCAUGUGGAUGGCUACACAGAGCCAUCAGCCUCUGUACCGUGUAUGCAACAUUUUUUCAUCAAUGCUGGUUGAUGGUCUCCAGCGAUAGGUUACUCUCUGUUAUGUGCAAGUUCAUGUUCUCUUUAAAAUCCUGUUGAUAUGUUUUUUUCCCUCAGAUCUUCAGAACAAACAAAAGCACAUUUUGCAUUCAUCUGUGGAAAUGCAUCUUGUACAGUCAAAGCAAGUGCUUAUGCAAUAGCAUUGUGAAAUUGAAUAACCCUUAAUUGCAUAUAUAUGCUAAAUGAAUCUCUUGUCACUGUACCAGCCACUAUGUAACCAAUAACUGAGAACAAUGUAAUACCUCUCUCUUUAAUUAAAAACUAUUGUGAAACUUG